AUGAUACCCCAUUCUUCCGCCGGCGUCCAACCGUGGGGUCAUCCACUGCGCGCCGUUCACAGUGCCUCCGGACUUACCGACAUCCCACAUGCUCUGGGUCAGCCCGAUCUCCAUCCCGAGCAGUCGUCAAUGCCUGCGCCGCAGCCGCAAACCGGACCGUCGGCAGUCAUCGACCUUACAGCGAACGGCGGAGAGGCGCAAGAGCGAGAACACCCGGCGAAGCGGCUGAGGUUGGAUAUUCAUAGUGGUUCCAACGCUCGGGAUGGAAGUCCAGCCUCUGCAGGGCUUGGGGAGCCCAAGAGCACUCCAGUUUCCACCAGCUCGAAGCCACCUCCUCUGUCAUGGCGCGGACGCCCGGUCUGGUCCUUCCAGGCAUUACUCUCGGAGGUUCCUGGAGCCGGAGAGCCAAAUGUUGAAAGUACAACAGCUGCAGCGCAGGACGUCAAGCCUCUGUCGCCGCCGUCAUUUCCUGCUCCGCCUUGGAAGCAUAGCCCUGCUGAUCCUACAGCGAGUAGUGCUGCAGGAUUACGGGGGGUUACACCUGCCAAGGAAGUCCGCACUACUCCAUAUCACAUUGAAGUCCCAUCCGUCGCGCCAGUCCUGAGAGGUGAUAAGGUCGCGGAUUUUUUGCCAUGGACCGGAAACCAUCCAGAAGACGUACUCAAUGAACAGACAGCAAAACAGGGAUACUACGAUCGCACACAGGUGUCGCAAAAUGAGUCUAAUACUGCUCGCCCUUCCCUAUACGCACAACUUAAGCAUCGUUCCGGUUUGCAAAUGCUCUCCUCUGUAUUUGCUGCCGCCCUUGAGAAAAGACAAGGCCAUAGCAUGGUCACCGCGCCUUCUACUUUCAAGCCACCUCCGCGGGUCACGCUUACGGACAACAAACGUGAAGCUUGGCUUCGGGACCUGGCCAAUCCGACUGUCCCGUUACGCCGGCUCAGUCGGACUAUUCCUCAUGGUAUCCGAGGCAGGGUCCUUUUGGACCAAUGCUUAACCAAGUGGGUGCCUGUCGGGCGGGCAGUAUGGCUUGCAAAGUGUGUCGGCGCUAACGAGAUUCGCGCCUUCAAAAGAAAGGGCACCAGUGGCGCCCUGGCUAUUGGCCUGGAAGCCAAAUGGGUUCGUGAUUGGACCACCAACGUCCAACAGUUCCUUGACGGUGUAAUCACGAGUUGUGGAGUGGCCGACUGGAAGUUGAAGAUGACCUACGCGGUUAGCCUUACCGCUCGCUUGUUCUUCGAGCAGCUUCUCGACCAUGAUCAGUAUCUUGGAUGGUUUCUCUCCUCGCUGGAAGCAGCACCGCUCAACACCUUGCCAGUCUGGCUUCUCAUGCUAGGGAUCUACUGGAACCACCUUCUACGGUACAGAAAGCGUGGAAGGCGACUGGCUGAGCUGCUGCUCGAGAAGCUGUCCAAGGCCAACAAGCUAGAUUCGUCCAACACACUUCGUCCUCUGGCGGAUCGAUUGUCGCUGCAUAUUAGGAAGCUCACACUCGAGCAUACGUCAUCGGCAGUGCUUCCGCAUUCAUGGGAUAAGUAUAAAGAUCUUCUAUCGUCUUGCUUGAACAUGAAGGAUAGUGUGCACAGGGCGGUCAUCCAGAACCUGAGCGAGCGAAAUGCGCGGGUCCAGCGGCCGAGGAAGUGUCAAGAAACUGCAAACCAACCACCACAACAACGCGUAAUCCAGCUAUUCGACUCCAUCCGCUCCACGCACGAUGUCACGGCUGUUUCCAUUGCCUCUCUCAGUGCCAUCGACGACAAAGCCGCGUUGGUUUUCAAGCUCUUGGAGUGGGUCUCUACGCCGUUUCGACAUGGUAUAUGCCGUGUCUAUACCGGGGCACGCCUCCUGCGGAAAUGGAAGGUAGCUGGGGUUGACGUGGACUCCUGCAUCAUCUCAUUCCUCGCCGAAGGCCAUGACGGCAGUCAUCUGAAUAUGGACAACAUUUAUCAUAUUAUCUCGGAACUGGUUCGAUCUCAGACAUUCUCCGUGGGUCGAUAUCUCCAAUGGUUGAUGGCGAAAGGAGUUGCCGACUGUUCAAAAGAUUCUCACCAGCACCACAAACAUCUAUCUGACGAUCUUGAGCUCCUCCUCCAACUUCCGGUCAGCCGCCUUCCAGACCAUGUACGCAAUCUUCGCAACACCCUGCUUCACCGCGCUGGGAUUGAAGUCUCGAAAGAGGAAGCAAUGAUUGCGACCCUCAAGGCAUCCAUAGCCCAACGCCUUCCCAAUAUCUUUUCUAGUGUAACGGACAGUGCCAUGUCCUGUGAUGUCGCGCAAUCAGAGUUGACAUGGGCUGUCAAAUCCGAGAUCGGUCAGUGGAUUCGCCGUGGAGUUACAGAAGGUCGACGUGGCUCUACCGGGAAGUUUCAAAUUGCCAUUGGACAACCCGUGCUCUCUGCCGAUGAAUUCUACUCUAUCCGGGACAUCUUGGAAGGAUUUGGGGAUUUGUCUAUGCUUGCGGACGUUCUCAACCAGGCUACUAAUUGUGAUGACGGACUAAUUUUGGCAUCCGCAGCUGAUACAGUCAACUACCAUUUCCAAUCUUUUUCUGUCAUUGGUGCUUCGACAGGCCUUUUCAGGAGAUUUGUUGAGUCUUAUGCUCGUCUCAAAAGACUUGGCGUGACGAGCUUGGAUUUGAUACUCUCUUUGAUUGACCUUGGACUUCAUCUACCUGGAGAGUUUAACACGGUUGCUCUUCUCCGCCAGGAUCUUGGCCGGAUUGAGAACAAAUCAUCCAUGGCAGCACCGUCGCCGCUUUCCGAUCACAUCCCUGCUACUUUCAAUGAAACUGAUUCAUUGUUUCCGGAGAAGUUAGAUCAACUCCUGUUCUCUGGAGGUGGCAUGGAUGAGUCCACUAUGGAUGCAAUUUUCAAUGCGCUUAUCACUUCGUUAGGCCGUGCUGAGGAUCGAGUCAAGCUGUCGGCUAAUGAUAUUUGCCGGUAUCUAGCGUAUCUAAGGCCCUUCCACCCGAAGCAUUUCGACAUCAUGCUAAUUCGCUGGAUCUGUGGCCUUCUGAAAUCGUCCACUCGAACAAUGCUGUCUCGAGUAUUGCCCCCUCUAAUUGGCGUUGGAUGUGUUACCAUCCAAGCCUUCAUCUUCCUCGUGCGGAGACUUCUGCAGUCCGAGAAGGUGGCAUCGAUGAUUCCACACCCGAAUGACUUGAAAAUAGAUCUUCUUCAACUCCUUGUACCACCGCCAGCAGGGCAGAGUCGGUACUUCGAUAUGGUCACAUAUCGGUUCCACCUUUCACAGAAAGAAUUUCUAUCUAAGCAUCCUGAAGAGACUUUCAAUAUCAUUCGCGAUGCUAUCGCCUUAAUUGACUCUCAGGAUCAAGAUAAUCAUUCUGAUCAAGGACAGAUGAACCUAAACCAGAACGCCAUGGUGCUGCUUCAGAUUUUGCUCACCAAAAAUCCGGAGAGUGCUGUACAAUACUGUACUGAAAAACUCAUCACCCAGCAUUCCACAUCAAUGAUGGUCUUAACUAAGGCGCUCGAUACUCUUCUGGGAUUUGACACAGGACCCGACCCACCAAAUGUCUCCGUGGCCGAGAAGGUCAUAGAACUCACCAAUGAUUUUUCGCUGCCAUUCUGCCAACUGAAGCUCCAGACUCUCUUCAAUGCUGAAGCUGGAAGCAAUGUGAAAAACGAGAUUGUAGACGUGAUGUUCAAGGCUGCGAUUGCAGAUUCUCGUUCAAGACGAUCUAACUGGGUAGGUCUCGUUCGUCUCAUGAACCAGGAUGCAGUGCGACAGAUUCGAGAACGAGCUGAGAAGAGCUUCUUUGCUAUACCUCUGUUCGAAGAAGCUAAUGAAGGCCGCUCGAUGAAUAAUGGCACCUCUCUUGAGACGGCAAAGCUAUAUCUGACUAUCAUUGAAAAGCUGGCGUAUAGCAUUCCUGAUUCAGGUGUCCAAGGGGUUGGUUCUGUCCUUGUGGAGAAAAUGGAUCUUCUACUCCACAAGCUCGUCAGCAUGCAAACAAGUUAUAACGGUUCCACUGAGAUGAGACAUGGUAUUGACGCAGAACAAGUGAUCCAAUCUCGCACAGAAUUUGAGCGAAGUCUUGCAUUUUGGUUUUCUGCGUUGCUAAGGAUGAUUGUCCUCCACCGGAGUGCCUUUAGCAUUCCGCCAGCACCUAAAUCCAGCGCGUCCCAAGAACAAACGCGCCUACUUAUAUCUAUAUUUUGCAUCACUCUUGCACGCCUCCCGGAUAGUGUGCUGCGCCUCUUUCCAACGGCCGAUUACUUUCCACAUUCAAUGAGACAGGGGGACCACCGUCCCUGCCCAGGGAUCCUUUUACAGACACAUGCACUGGAUGUUGCGGCAUCCCUCAUUGAUAUGUUUCCGGAUGAACUUCGUCAUCAAUGUGCCCGGUUCCUCAAAGACAAAUGCUCCCCUUUUGCACAAUCUCAAAACGAUUCUCGAUUUCUCUAUCUUCUGGGCCCCCUAGGGGAUGGCCCGACCUCGAACGCCACACUUCCUGUAUCGAUCCCAUCACCUGCAGCAUCGGGAUCGACUCCCGCCCCUACCCCUUCAGGUAGUCUAACAGCGGGACCCUCCAACCCUCCACAACCUGCAUCAGCAUCCUUGGGGGUACCGACAGGAUUGCCGGAAGGACUGAAUUGCGGAGCGAGUCAUCUGUGUCUCCAAUAUCGCGGCCGUGCCAUUGGAGCCUACCCCGUGCGUCCUUGGGAACUUCUUGAAGACGCGGCUCCCAUUGCCGGCACCAACGACACUGCAGUCAGCCUAGGAUACUUUGACGCCCGGCGUGUCAGGGCCUAG